AAGAACCCACGUGAGUUAUCAUUCGAUGAGACAGUCACCGUUUUAUCACAAAUCUUUGGUGAACAGUCAUCCAUGUUUAAUAUUCGGUAUCAAUGUUUUCAGUUGACAAAAAUGCCUUCCGAUGAUUAUGUCACUUACGCUGGCAAAGUGAACAAGGAAUGCGAAAGGUUCAAACCACACGAAAUGACAUCAGAUCAGUUCAAGUGUUUGAUUUUUAUUUGUGGGUUGAAGAACCCAGAAGAUACUGACAUAAGAACUCGACUUCUGUCACUCGUGGAACAAGACCCGAAAAUGACUUUACAAAUGGUGACAGCAGAAUGCCAACGCUUAAUCAACUUGAAGCACGAUACUGCUAUGGUGGAGUGCAAACGACAGUCGUCUGAAUUUGGUUCAAUUAACACAGUGAAAAGUCCUCCGAUCACCGUUAAGCACACAGCACGUCAGUCUCAGAAUUCAGCUAAACCUCCUUCAGUGUGCUGGCACUGUGGUUCGUGGCAUUUUGUCAAGCUCUGUCCUUUCAAGAAACAUAAAUGCCGUAAUUGUCACCGUUUUGGACAUAAAGAGGGUUACUGUCCACCGCAGAAAAAUUCUUCGGUGAGGAACAGAAGUAGUCGUUUCAAGCCGAAACAAUCUCCUCGAGUACAGACCAUUUUCACAACUUCCAAAGUCGAUUUCGCCAGCAAACGUAAGUACAUUACACUAGGUAUUAACGGCAAACAUAUUCGUCUUCAGUUGGAUACGGCAUCAGAUAUCACCUUAAUUUCCCGAACUACGUGGCGCAAACUUGGGUGCCCACAGAUUCUGCCGACCGAGCAUGUCGCUAAGAAUGCCUCUGGAGAUAUACUGAAACUCGUGGGUGAGAUAAAUUGCCAGGUUCAGUUUGGUGAGCAUCAGUUCAAUGGUGUAUGUUACGUCACAAACUACCAUGAUUUGAAUUUGCUUGGUCUUGACUGGUUAGACAAGCUCCAUAUCUUCAAUGUACCAUUAAAUUCAGUAUGCUCUAAUGUUUCGUCCUCACCACACAACGUUGUUCCCGGACAUGUAUCUGAUCAGUCUCUCUUGCAACGCCUGCGUCAAAAGCACGCUUCUGUCUUCCAGGACAAACUUGGUUGCUGCAAAUUUACCCAAGUUGUUUUGUCUCUAAAGCCAAACGCGAAGCCAGUUUUUCGUCCAAAACGUCCAGUUCCGUAUGCUGCUGUCACAUUGGUUGAGAAUGAACUCGACAGACUGGAAGCAUUGGGUGUCAUCAAACCAGUAACGUAUUCGCCCUGGGCUGCCCCUAUAGUUGUUGUACGCAAAGCAAAUGGUUCCAUUCGCCUGUGUGCAGAUUUCUCAACUGGGUUAAAUGAUGCUCUAGAGGAUCAUGCUUAUCCAUUACCAAUUCAAGAAGACUUAUUCGUCAAACUUAAUGGUGGUAAAUGUUUUGCAAAAAUUGACCUUGCUGAUGCUUACCUUCAAAUAGAAGUUGAACCAAAGUCUCGAGAGUUGCUAACAAUCAACACUCAUAGG